ACCAACAACAAAUAUAGAAAAAUCCAAUUCCAACCGCACAUGAAUCAGGACAAGUUUCUGUCCUGUAUUAAAUAUACUAUUACUCUUGGACAAAAGCACUUGGGACCAUCAACUAAGAUAUUCAAUAUUGCAAUCAACAGAGAAGUAGAGAACAGGCUGUAACUUUCCUUUGUUGUGAUUAGAGACCAACCAUACUUGAGCCAACUAGAGAGACCAAAAGAGAGGGGCGAUAUGGCUGCAGUAAAGGCAGCCAUAGGAGAUGCAGUUUUGACCUCCCUAUGGGUAUUCAGUUUGCCAUGCCGGGGCGUUUUAUCGUCGAUGGCGGUGAGGUUUCUGGGUGUUCAGAGCCUGGCACUUGCUCGGCUCUUCAUCACAACAAUUGUAGCAUCUGUUUUUGUGUUGACAUUUAACGUGGCCGGCGGUGCAAUGGGAGGUGCAAGCUUCAAUCCAGCCACUACAAUCUCAUCCUAUGCAGCGGGCCUUAAACCAAACUGGACUCUCCUGUCCAUGGCUAUCCGAUUUCCGGCUCAAGCAGCAGGUGCAGUUGGUGGGGCCAAGGCAAUUCUGCAAUUAAUUCCAACACAAUACAAACACAUGAUUAAAGGGCCUUCAUUGAAGGUGGAUUUGCACACUGGAGCUGUAGUAGAGGGAGUGUUGAACUUCGUGUUCAAUCUAACUAUUUUUGUUGUGAUGCUCAGGGGACCUAAAAGCUUGUUUUUGCAAGUGUGGUUGAUAUCUGUGGUUACCGUGGGGUUGUUCAUAGCUGGUUCUGGGUACACAGGGCCAUCGAUCAACCCGGCCAACGCAUUUGGCUGGGCUUAUGUCAAUAAUUUGCAUAACAAUUGGGAGUUCUUUUAUGUUUACUGGAUUGGCCCUCUCAUUGGAGCAAUAUCUGCUGCUUUUGUUUUUCGCUUGCUCUUCCAAGUACCAGUUCAGCAAAAGCAAAAGAAAAAGAAAGCCUGAGGUUGAGGGAGCUUCAAUGUAAACUAGAAUUAGCUUGAUUUAAUAAAGAAAGUCUUUCAUUUUCAUUCAGUAGGAAUUCAUGAGCAUCACAAUUUCACAAAACAUUCCCUUUCAGAAGUAAGAGAACAAAAAUACUAUUCACUGCAUAUUAGUUUUUGCCGAUGAUGUGGGAAAAUUGAAGUUUCAAAGGGGAACUCUCUGUGUUCUCAGCACAAACAUAAGAUCCAAGUUUCUUCCUUGCUCUGCUGUCUGUUCCUGGUUCUAGUUCCGUGCAAGUUCAUAUAUAUCUGUUCAUGGUUUGAAGGAACUUCCUGAUAACUGGGACAUCUUGAUUCCACUUCAUCAGGC